GUAUGCGAAGAGCGGUAUGCGAAGUGGAUGGUCGACUCCAAGGUGAAGAAGAGCUGAAUGGUACAAAGUGACAACAAUGCUGCCACCACAACGAAGAAGCGGGGUGCGGAUGCUGAUGGAGCCUCUCCUAAGCAGCGGCGCUACACGGCGGCAGAGAAGGGAAAAUCUAAGGCGGACGACAAAUGACGGUCAACAAAGUGGAAGGAUGCGGCACCUUGCGGUCUACAAAAGUCCGCAAAGCGGGCGGGCAUGCCUAAAUCUGACGAGGUCCCUGAAGAUAAAUCCGACGACCAGUACGAAGAGGCUGCUAGCCCGAUCCCAACCUUCCAUGAGGGAAAGAAGCCGAAAGACCCCACGCAAAAAAUCCAGAUGCCCAGCCACCGUCGCAGCAUAACUGGCCUUCAAAGAAGAUCUGUCAUAGCUUCACCCUGCACGAAAAGACUAAGUGGGCUUGCCACAAUUACGAGCUCAAGUCAUUCAAGCGGACGGCGGCCGAUGCGGGCGUGGGUGCGUGCCCUAUUAAGCGGUGGGUAGACCAGCAGAAGCUAGGGUGGUACAAGGGUGCAGCCAAGUGUCGCAAGUGACUCCAUGGCACGGGGCAACAUGCGCAUCACCCUGUCAUGGAGGAAAAGCCGUUAAAGUAGAUCUGCGAGCAGGGGGGCUCGGCUUGGCCAUUGGCGUGAAGCAGAUCCGCGAGUGGAGUCUCAACUACAUGCGCAAGCGGCGGCUGAAGGGCCCUUGGCAGGCGUCUAGCCACUGGAGCCAGUGGUUCCGCAAGUGCUGGGGAUUCACUAUGCUCUGCCGUACGAAGGUCGGCCAAAAGAUGUCUCCUGAUCAGACGUUGCUGUUUGUUGAGACGCCCGCGGAAAGGACCCUGGAGCACAAGGGCUCGCACUCAGUUCCUGUGAAGAGUGCGGGAUAUGAGAGGAGGAGGGGGGGAGAGAAGGAGGAGGAGGAGGAGGAGGAGGAGGAGGAGGAGGAGGAGGAGGAGGAGGAGGAGGAGGAGGAGGAGGAGGAGGAGGAGGGGGGGGGGAGGAGGGGGGGGAGGAGGAGGAGGAGGAGGAGGAGGAGGAGGAGGAGGAGGAGGAGGAGGAGGAGGAGGAGGAGGAGGAGGAGGAGGAGGAGGAGGAGGAGGAGGAGAGGAGGAGGAGGAGGAGGAGGAGGAGGAGGAGAUGUGCCAUGGUGCUGCAGCAGAGGAAGACAAGCUGCAUGAGCCAGGGAGUACUGUACAGUAUGCUU